UAUAACGAAUUCGUUCGCAAACUGUGCAAGAAGUCUAUCAACAGUGAAAAAUUGGGAAAAUUUUCGUAUGAAAAUUUUUACCAGAAAUUAUUUGCAAAAUUUGUGGAAAAAUGUGCAAAAAGUGAGUAAUGCAUAUUCAAUAUAAAAUAUUUGUGGAAAAAGUGCAGUUUUGCAAAGUGAAGGUGUGGAAAAAGCGAAGUGAAAAAGUGGGAAAAGAAAAUUUUCUAACUCAGCAGUCAAACAACAAUAGUAAAAUCAACCACUAACAACUAUCGCAGUUGAACAACAAAAGAAACCAUUGCAACUUCAGCGACAUACCCAGACAAGACCUACGCCAAUCGGUGACAACAGAUGAAGCAAUAUAAUUGGCCAAACCGAGUUGAGAGGUGAGAUUUAAGAAGCCUACUACUAAACCAGUCCACCGUUGUAGAAGACGGUUUGUGGCCAGGAAAUUCGAAAUUGAAGACGGAACUCAAUUGCAGGAAGCGAUUUGCUGAAAGCUAAUAAAGGAUGUGAUUUAGGUGCAUAUAAAAAAGGUUUUUCAUAAUGUUGAUUGCAAUAUAGAUUUGAAAAAAAAAAAUAUUAAAAUGCUUACCAACUGCAGCGCUGCGGCAAUCCACCUCAGACCAGCAAUAUUUGGCGAAUCAAAAUGAACGGAUAGAAAGUAGCAAUAAUUGAGAGUAAACUUGAAGAUCGAGCAGGAUAAUAAUAAAAAAAAAAUUAUUGUACUUUCCCACGGUCAUUACUCGCAUAUACAAUCAUUAACAUAAGGAGAGCCAAAAUGUUGAGCAAGAAUGUAAUUGAAAUAAAUAACUAAUAGGAAACCCAUUCAUAAGCUGAAAAAUUCGAACAAAAAUUCAACACGGGCAAACUUUUGUUAGAUUAUCCGUGACAAUGAGUCGAGAAGAGCCAAAAUCGCGUACAAGCAAUACAAACAUAACUCAUCCCACCACCAUAAGCUCCACUAACACCCCCACCAAUAACAGAAAUACAACAACUAUAUCAACUACUACAAACUCAUCAAAGAGUUAUACCACCUGCAGCGAUGCACCAACUACAAAUACUAGCACCAACACCACAUCAUUCCUAUCGGCCACCAGCUGCAGUGCCAGUGGUGGCGGUGGUGUAAAAAUCUCUACUUCAACGCCACAUAAACGCUGUGAUGUCGUCACCAAUUUAAGCAGUGGUAGUAGGGGUGAUGAGGUGCCCAACAUUUCGUUGCUUGAAAUGCUAAGUGCCGCUUUUCAACCAGACGAUAGUAUUGCCACAACGAUUAGUCCGCCGGGUAGCCGAAACGUGAGUGUCACAUCAGCGCCAGCUAGCUCUAACAAGUCUUCUUCAAUUAAUAAUAAUUCAACGGGUAGUCCGGUAGCAAAGCGUCACUUGAGUACUGCAUCUAUGGCUCGUAUGCGUCCACAAUCAAGUUAUUCGGCACGUGCACUGGUAUUUGAUGACUCCGAUCAGGAAUUAAGCGCGAGUGGUGGCAGUGGUGGUAGUUUGCGCAUUAAUAGCAAGCCAGAAAUGGACAUUAGUGCUAUUAAGUCGUCUACGGGGCUGGAAGUAUUGACCACGUCACCGAAAGUGACCUCUGGCGAUAAAAACAAUAGCACUGCAUCAUUGACAACUUCGCAUUCACUGUUACGCAAUUCGAACUUGACCAAGUCGUCUUCGGGUGGACUAUCGGGUAGUUCAGUGUCGUUACCAGGACGUAGCUACAAUGCCUUAUUGCGAAAAAUCUCCUAUCAACAUGGUUACUCCAUGCGCUCGUCAAGCAAUGAUACAUCAAAUCUGGUGCGUAUGCGUAACUCUUCGCUCGGCAAGUCUGCACCCUGUCUCACCGGCAGCUAUAUGCGUGGUGAUUCCUCUAGCUGCUUCAGUACCGGUCCACAUGUGCUCUCACAGUCGCAUUCGUCAGCCACGUGUAACAUUCAGGCACAUGCAACAAUGCAUCAUUGCAACUCUUCACCGAGCACCGUUAGCUGUGCCACCGCUGGCACAUCUGCAGCUGCCUCUACAGCGAACGCAUUGAACAUUUCGCGUUCAGGCAGCGGUGCUGGCUUAGGUAUUGGUAAACAUCAUUUGCAUGGCGUGGUGAUGCGCGGAAGUAGUGUGGGCGGCACGUCCAGCGGAGUUGCACAUCAUCGUUUGAGUUUGGUUACGGCUGGCAUAAAUGCUUGCACAACUUCACCGCGGUCGCACUCGCCCUACUCUGCAAGCCCCAUCGACAGUCCACGCAUAAAUUCACCAAUGCAAUUUCCAUUUGCGCCUAUAAAACGCAUUGCAUCGUGUCGGGGUGAUGGCAGGCGGUGGUCGGUGGCGUCUCUGCCUUCUUCUGGGUAUGGCACUACGCCCGGUAGUUCAAAUUUGUCGUCACAGUGCUCCAGCCAAGAAGCGCUGCAUCAGUUACAAAACAUUCCACCCAGCGAUGAUGCUGCACAAUAUGUUAAUGCUAUAACAUGUUGUGUGGAGCAUUUACAGGCGGCCAUUGCAGCGGCACCACGUGUGCACUGCCAAAAGCACUGCGCCUUGAUGUCCGGCGCAUAUACACCAUCAACGCCCACACCAGCAACUACAGCAACAGGUACAACGAGCAAAAUAGUAUCCGUCCCACAUUCGACAACGAAUACAACUAGCUUCAACAGCAACAGCCAUUCAAGCUUCCUAGAGUCUAACAAAUUCGCUACUGUUCCAACACAGCAUCCCCAACCGCGUCCGCCGUGUCAAAAUUGUUGUGCUGACAGCAAUGUUUUGUGUGGCGGUGGCAAAGUCUGUGCUGCUGCUGUCACUACUGGUGCUGGUGCGGUGCCUGGUGCACCUGCAAACGCUGCUAACUUAGCUGCUGGAGUACAUGCUUCAGGCACGCCUAGUGCCACUGGCAGUAGUAGCGGUAGUGGUAGCGGCAAUAACAAUGGCUCUGCUGCCUUUGCUGGUCGCAUGUCGCCCUUUCACCGUCCACGUUCGCGUUCGCUCUCAAGUCCGUCGCGUUCACCGAUAGUGGAUAACGAGAUUGCUAUGAUGAACACUUUGUACAAAGAACGCUUUCCGAAAGCUACACAACAAAUGGAGGAGCGCUUAAAGCAUUUUAUAAAUGAGAAUAAGAGUGUAGCAUGCAAUAGUUUUCGUGAUUCGCAGCCAAUUGUUCGGUUUGUCCAUCAUCAAGUGCUUGAAAUGGCGCGAGAUUGCUUGCAUAAGUCUGAGGCAAAGUUAAUCACAUCGCGUUACUUUUACGAAAUGAGUGAGAAUCUCGAACGUUUACUGUUGGAAACGAAAGAUAAAUCGCCAGAGGCGGCCGCUGAGCUAACUGGUGUAAUAAAAAAAUUACUCCUAAUCAUAUCGCGUCCUGCACGUUUGCUUGAAUGCUUAGAAUUCGAUCCGGAGGAGUUUUAUCAGCUUCUAGAGGCUGCCGAAGGUCAGGCAAAGGCAAUACAAGGGAUUAAGGCAGAUAUACCGCAAUACAUUAUACACAAGUUAGGCUUAAAUCGCGAUCCGAUUGCUGAAAUGCAACAAGAGAUGAAGGAAACUGAAGCGGUUUGUGAAGGCAAUCAAUCGACCGCUGAUGCUGCCGCACUAACAGAUGCUUCACAAGGACAAGCUAUCCCAUUGCUAUUAAAUUCUCCGCAUACUUGCGUCACAGCCAAUUUCAACUCAUCGAACACACUACUAGCCAGUGAUGCACAUGCAGCAGGCAGUGGCACGUGCACGCCACAACCGCCGCUACCGCUACAACCACCACAAACACCGGUGGCAGGUGGUCCUGACGUGCCAAUGCCCUCAUUUGCUGCAGCUAUUUGUACAGCGGUGGCCAAUGCCACGCCCACUGCUACAACGACCCUCGCUCAACGUUCCACAGCGCAACAAGCCACGCAAACAGCGCAACCAAUACCAAACGAACACGAUUUCGAUAUCGUAAAAUUGAUCUCAAAUGGCGCCUACGGUGCGGUGUACCUGGUUAAGCAUAAGACUACGCGCCAACGUUUCGCUAUGAAAAAAAUUAACAAAAAUAAUCUCAUUCUGCGCAAUCAGGUGGAGCAGGUGUUUGCCGAGCGUGAUAUACUCUCCUUCGCCGACAAUCCGUUCGUGGUCAGUAUGUAUUGCUCAUUCGAGACGAAAAAACACUUGUGCUUGGUAAUGGAGUAUGUCGAGGGCGGCGAUUGCGCGACGCUUUUGAAGAAUAUCGGCCCGUUGCCACCUGACAUGGCGCGUUUUUAUUUUGCGGAAACAGUAUUAGCAGUGGAAUAUCUGCAUAGUUAUGGCAUUGUGCAUCGUGAUCUCAAGCCCGAUAAUCUACUGAUCACGGCUUUAGGGCACAUAAAGCUCACCGAUUUCGGCUUAUCGAAAAUGGGUUUAAUGUCAUUGGCAACAAAUUUAUACGAAGGCUACAUUGAUUCGGAGACAAGACAGUUUUCUGACAAACAAGUCUACGGUACUCCUGAAUAUAUAGCACCGGAAGUGAUAUUACGACAAGGCUAUGGCAAACCGGUUGACUGGUGGUCAAUGGGUAUUAUAUUAUAUGAAUUCCUGAUUGGUUGUGUUCCAUUCUUCGGCGAGACUGCCGAAGAACUUUUCGCGCACACUGUUAACGAUGAUAUUGAGUGGCCAGAUAGUGAGGAUUGGGAUGUACAGCCUGAGGCAAAGGAUCUUAUAACACAAUUGUUGCAGCAAAAUCCACGAGAACGUUUAGGUACCCAGGGUGGAGCUUUGGAGGUGAAAGAACACGUAUAUUUUAUAGGCUUAGAUUGGAAUUCGCUUUUGCGGCAGAAGGCUGAAUUUGUGCCACAAUUAUCCACUGAGGACGAUACGAGUUAUUUUGACACACGCAUGGAUCGAUACAAUCACGAUUUGGCUGGUGAAGAUACUGACGACACUGACGACACGCCAGUUUUCGGUUCAUUUUCAUCGCUAACCCCACAAUAUCGCAAACAACACUAUUCGUGGUCGCGUGUGCCGUCGACCAGCUCCAGCACCACAAUGACACCGACUACCAGCAGCGUGACGUCCGUUUCGGCGUCUGCUUCCAGCGCCGCACCAGACAAUGCUACUCAAACUGAUGGCAAAAAGGACGUUGUAACCAGUACUGCAACCACAUCUAGCAAUUCGUUUGCCUCCGAAAAUACCACAACAGUGGUGGACACGUCAUUGGCUCUGGUAAAAUGUAAAAACAGCUCUGCAUUGUCACCAAGCAUGAGCAGCGAUUUUAUUGCCAACAAGCUGCUAGCAACACCUCAAUUACGCAAACUUGAUUUAACAUCUGGCUGCCUCAAAGUGCCAUCCACACCCGAUGCCGAAUAUUUGCCGGAACUAUUGCACAACAUCACCAUCGGCAACGACAACGAAUUGCGAAUGCUCAAUCAAUUUCUGCGGCAGUCCUCAAUCUCCAGCCCAUCAGCCUCUCCUGCUAGCAGCGCUGGUAGUGGCACAGCUUAUUUGCAACAGCGUGAGCGCCAAUCGCAACGUCACAGCAUGCCGCCAUCGACUACUUCGAUAAUUACCACGCCCGCUACUCCACCAGCCACGAUAGUGAGUGCCGCUGCUGCGCAAGCAGCUGCAAUUGCCACGGCCGCUGCCGAAGAGUCCAAUGCCAUAUCAUCCGCUGCAUCCACUGCAUUAACUAAAGCAACACAUCCGCACCCAUCGCUUAUACCAGCUGUUGCGGCCCCCUCACGAAGCACACCUGAAUCCUCUACCGCCACAGAUAGUGACGAUUUCUCACCGCAAAUCCAUCGCAAACGCAAGGGUGUGUGCGCACGAGAUAUGCUACCACGUUUCUCAAUAUCCAUCGAGGACGAGACGGUGAGUGGCGGCUCAUCGUCUGCGGAGAAUACUCGUGAGCAAUCGCCACUUGCAUUGCAACAUCAUCACAAGUCAAUGGAUGGACAUUUGGGUAAACAUCGGUCCCGAUCGAUUGUGAAGUCAGCGUCGGCAUUGGGCUUAUCAUUGAUGUCCAGUGCUGUAGAUAAUCAGCAGUUAGCGCAGCAGCUAUGCGGUAUUGCGGCUGGUAUACAAUCGCCAGGCAGUGGCGCAGGAGGCAGCGGCGGCGGUGGUAAUGGUGGUUCCAGUACGGCGAGUUCACGCGACACUUCACCGUGUCGCGAUCUCUCGCCAUUGGUUACUAAUUUGAAGCCGCCAAUUAUUAUAAGGCGUGGACCACGUGGCUUUGGAUUCACGGUGCAUACGAUCCGUGUUUACUACGGAGACACAGAUUUCUAUACAAUGCAUCAUUUGGUGAUGGCUGUGGAGGAAGGUAGCCCGGCUUUUGAGGCUGGUCUACGUCCCGCCGAUUUGAUUACGCACGUGAAUGGUGAACUGGUGCAGGGACUCUACCACACACAAGUCUUGCAGUUGUUGUUGAGUGGUGGUGAACAUGUAACGUUGCGUGCUACACCUCUGGAACAUACAAGCAUACAGAGUGGUGGACGCAAGCGCGAUUUGAUGCAAAGUAAGCUGGCCAAGAAGGGCGUGAACAGGCAGAAGAAGCAAACGAAGAAGGAGCACGACAAGAAGCGCAAAACUUCACUAUUUCGGCGGAUUAGUAACAAGCGUGCUUCGGCAGAGAUACAACAGAUCGCUGCAGGUAUUGCAGGUUCCCCAACCAAUCCCGCAGUCAACUCUAUUGUCAGUGGUUCUUGUGGAGCUGGCGGUGGGACUGUAUGCAAUCGCAAUUUAUCUCCUAUGGACUCCUCUUAUCAUAGCAGUAGCUGCUGUCAGUCAGCUGGAAAUUCAUCACAAUCUACUUCACCAUCUUCGUCGGCACCGAAUACUCCAACAGGCGGCAAUGGCACACAAUCGCAGCCAACCUUUGCCAAUACACCAACAAAAGCUUCUGCAUUGGCAAUUUCAACAAAUGUGUCGGGGGUCAUGUUGCAGCACGGUGCGACCGGUGCUAUCGGAGGUGGGGUGGUUGGUGCUGGCGCUGCAGUGGGCAGUGGUGGUGUUGUGGGUGGUAGCAUUCCAGUAUCGCCUACUUCGGUGCCACAGCUUUACCAGCGCCCAUCGACACUGCACGGCCUCAAGCAUAAGUUGCACACAGCCGGUUGCGGUGGCAAUAAUGCAGUUGUCGUUUGCCCGACGGGAAGUAGUGGUGCCGGCGUUGUAAAGUCGCUACAUACCAGCGCUGCCGGUGCUUUGCCCCCAAAUCGCCGCAAAUCGGUUGGCCAUAUACCACUUUCACCAUUGGCACGAACUCCGUCACCAUCACCUCUGCCAGCUUCGCCCACACGUUCACCGUCACCAUUGGCUUUCCCCGUUGUGGGACAUCAGCCCGGCGCCUCGAAUACCACACAGUCAUAUAGCCCCGGCAGUUCACUACCCGCAGUACAGACGAGCGGUUCGAAAAAAAGUGGCUUCGUGCGCACUAAAAGUGGCGAACCAAGCUCACCCUUACUACGGCGUGCACUCUCGCCAGAUCGUCUACAUCCGCGUAGUGCCGAGGCAAAGUGCACACUGAUUUCACCGCUUUGCUGCUCGCCACCGAUUAAACAGCCACAACAACGCGUAAUCGGUGGAGUUUGGCGUCCUAAUACUGGUACGGGUGCAAAUGUGGGUGUUGGUGGCGCUAGUGUUGGUGUUGGCGGAACGGCAACAAGUGCAAUCACUACAUUACCGCCGUUAAAUACAAUGCAACAAAGUUUUACGUGUAUUGGUGGUGCUAACGCGGCUAAUGCGAAUAAUAAUGGUAGCGGAGCAGUCGCUGCAAGUUCAGGUGGGAGUUUAGAAGCAUCAAAUGAAUCUCAAAUGUCUAGUUGCGGCAUAUUGGAUACAACAGAUCCAACGGCUGUAGUUGUUGGCACGCCCACCAAUAUUACCUUAUCAACACCAGGUGAGAUGCUGCCACGCAUCGCCGAGGAAAAGGAUUCGCCGACUAGCACACAUGAGUCGGAGGAAGAGGCUACGCCAGCAACGAUAGCGGUGACUAACGUAUCUAAUACAGCAGCUCUAGGCGCAGUUGGCGUAAACGUUAUGCAGACCAUUGACGAGCAUGGCGACGAGAUGUAUGUUGGUGGCAGCGAAGUGAGCGUUGCUUUGGCAAAGAGUGCAGGGGAUAGUCAACAAAAAAAUGCUGAAAAGUUAUCAGCGACUCCCGCUAAAGGCUGUGGCGGUAUAACUGCCAAAAGCAGCAGCUCGUCGUGCAGUCGCAAGGAAAGCAGCACACACAACACAGCAAAAAUUGUAGCCGCAACAAAGCAAAAGAAGUAGUAAAUUUUUUUAGAAUAUGGCAACUGACGGGGGUGAGAGAAUCACCGAUGCCAAAACUAACCGAAUAUUGUCUUGUAUAUAUUGUGUUUGUAAUAUUAUUGUUUUCUUUCGCCACAUUUCCUUUCGGAAUAUGAUUUGUGCAGCGUUAAGAGUUAGACAUAAAUCAAUUAGACAGACAGCACGUGCACACACUUGAGAACGUACGCGAAUACGCGAAAGAAGAGGCGCUUAGGAAAUAAGUGAUGAUGAGGUGAUAGUUGGGUGGAACGGGAAAGGGCAGACAAAAUUGCUCAUGCUUUUAGAAAAAUUAUGAAUGGAUGAGGAAAAUGUAAAUGAGAAAUUUCUUCAUUUCAUUCAGCAUAAAGUAUAAAUUUUUUGUGUGGCAGUGCACAGAGCUGCAUGUAUAUAUUUUUUUGUUAUGAUUGUGGCACAUAUGGCUGUCAUCGAACGUUCAACGCCCAUUUAAAGCAAUUUGCUAUUUUUUUUUUUAAUUUUUAUUAGUAGUAGUUUUUAGAAAUAAAUUAUAAAAUAUAAACACAAAACAUGCGAUAUAUACAUUUACAUAUACAUAAAUACGAAUGAAACGCUAAUAUUGUAAGCGUACUAAAGAAAGAUCAAGAAAGGAGCUUUCGCAAAACGAAAAAAAAUUAUAUAAAAAGUAUGAAAAAAGUAAUAUUUUUGCCAUAAAUAAUCAAUAAAAUAAAUACGAGUUGCUUAAAUAAAUAUGAGAAAUAAAAAAAAAAAACAACUACAACAAAUCAAUGUAUGUAAAAUGUUUUUUUGGGACACUGCUAAAUAUAUAGGCGCUUUGAAUUCGACGAGUUGCGAACAUUUGACUAUAUAACUGUGCUAUAAAUAUUUUCAUAAGAUAUUCAAAAAUAUUGUACACAAUGCAGUUUAUUGAAAAUCUGGUAUAUUUCGCUUCUUUUGUGUUCUUGCCAUUUCUAGUAUUCGAUGUUGCGGCGCACUGCUAACCCUAUAAAUGCAUAAAGCUUGGUAAAUAUUUUACUACCUGUCUCAAUAUCAAUAGCUAGACGAGCCGUGAUGCGGAUGUUGCCAAAAUUUGUUUGCUGUUAUUCGGAAUUUUGUAAACUUUUGCGGAUGGAAUAUUUGCAUGAAGCAAAUGUAUGCUAUUGGCGCAUAAUGGACCGGUAGUUCAAUAUAGUUGUAAGAAAAAUCAGCGAGCACGAACAAAAUGCAGUUGGUUAUGAAAUUUUUAAAGGUCAUAGGAAUUUUUGGCCUGUGAAUUCAGAGUAUUUGGAGGCGGAAAUGGCAGACAAUUGCAACUGAAUAUCAAAUACUAAAUAAAAUCUAAUAAACUAAAAUAUUGAGCGAGCCGGCUCUAAGCUUUAAAUGCACUUUGUCUCUCUAAGAAAACUAAAACAGAUAUGCGGGUAAUUUUUGCAAGCUUAAGUAAAAACAAAAAUUGGAAUAUGGCAUUCUUCCAGCAAAUGAGCUGUGUGAAAACGCAAACAAAAGCUGGUUACACAUUUUAUCUCGAAUUCUGGUUAAGCAAAAUAAUAGAAUACAAAUAGAAAUAAAAAUUUGCUUCAUAAGCUAAUAUCAAUCGCUUUGGUAUAUAAAAACGUGUUUCUCGGUUGAAUAAAAUUAUGCGCAGCUUUUGAAAGCGCAGUGACUAGCGCGAAAACAAUUUCUUUUUAACUUAUCUCGCUUUAACACUUUUACUAAACUCAGCUUGGGUUGUGGGGGAAAGGAGAAACCAUUUAAGAUUAUGCAAUAAUUAUUAAGCAACAAUUUAACCACCAUGAAAAUAUCUUAAACAAAAAUCGAAAAAUAUUGCAAUUGAUGUGUAUAAAUUAAGAUGCAAAUACCCAAGAAAAAAAAAAUCCC